AUGUACACUCCCCCUCAACACGUCCUGUAUACUUCGGACGGUCCGUUUGGAUUCAUUGGAUCCCUGUUGGCCGAGAUGUUGGCCUUGGUCACGGAACUGGGCAUGCAGUUGAACAGUGAAAGGGCGGCUCUGAUGUUCGGGUGCCUGUUGACCUGCUUCCUGAACAUCGUGCUCAUGGCGGCAGUGGUUGUGGCUGUGAACGACGCCGAGGCCGAAAUGCUGAAGCCACAUUACUCACUUUAUUCUCAUCCACUGCAUGUCAUGCCACCAGUUGCGCCUGUCGGCCACUCUCUUUGUGAUCAGCCUGUUGAACUGCUGGUGGUUUCUGACAUCGUACCGCAGAUACACAGUGCAGGCCAAAUUCGGGUACAAAAGGGAACCGCUGUAUCUGUGGACUCCGCCGACCAUCUCCGUGUGCCUGUGGUGGUGAGUCUCUCAUUUAAUGCUCUUAGCUGGUGUCUGUGUACAUUGACGUUAUAG